AUGGCGGCCAUUGGGCUGGACCCGCCAACCGAAGAGUUCAGCAUCGUGAAAGAGGAGGGUGAUGUGCCAUCAAAGAAAAAAGAAGUACCGUCCAUGUUCGAUAUCACACGCAUAUCUUCCAUUGAAGCGCCUCCGAAUGGCGGAUGGUGCGCUUGGUCACAGGUCCUUGGAGGACAUAUAGUGACUUUCUUCACAUGGGGCUUCAUCACGUCGUUCGGUAUGUUCCAGGCGCACUAUACGUCCAUUGAUCUCUCAUCGCCGUCGAAUAUCUCCUGGAUAGGCGCUCUCACGGUAUUCUUCCUUCUUUCGACCCCGCUGUUCUCUGGAGCCGCCUCAGAUACCGGCCAUUUCAAGCUGGUGCUGCGUAUGGGGAUUGCGCUGUGGCUAUUGGGUAUAUUCAUGACGAGUAUUUGUACGCAGUACUGGCAAUUUGUCCUUGCACAAGGGUUUUGCAUUGGUCUUGCGAAUGGCUGCAUGUUCGUCCCCAUGAUCUCGGUCAUCUCAACAUACUUUGACGCGUCGAAGCGAAGUUUUGCGAUCGGUAUUGUCCUCUGCGGAUCAGGGACAGGUGGCUUGGUCAUUCCGAUAAUGCUAAAUAGGCUUAUCGAUUCAAUCGGUUUCGGCUGGGCAGUCAGAACUUUGGGCUUCAUGGCGCUGUGCCUUCUGUUGAUCGCUGAACGGCUACUGAAGAAGCGCCUGCCGCCCAAAGAUUCGGUAAAGAUGCUUGAACCUCGAGAACUGAAGGAUGUAGUGUUCGACCUAUUUAUUCUGGGAUCGGUCUUCUGCUUUGCAGGUCUUUGGUUCGCCUUCUUCUAUAUCAAUGCAUUCGCGCGCAAAACGCUAGGCCUGACUUUGGAGGAGUCGAUACCAUUCCUGUUGGUUUUGAAUGGGGUAGGCAUUCCGGGACGGCUGAUACCGGCGUACAUCGCCGAUCAUUACUGCCGUCCUCUCACAAUUAGCUUAAUCGUCAGCUUCGUCACAGCACUACUUCUCUAUUGCUGGAUUACUAUCAAGUCGGUAGCAGGCAUGUAUGCCUUUGCUGUACUUUACGGUCUUUUUGCAGCGGGACUGCAAGCUAUGUUUCCCGCGACUUUGGCAGAUCUUACAAUUGAUCCGAAGAAAAUUGGCACGCGCAUGGGCAUGGGGUUCGCCUUGUCCAGCUUCGGAUGUUUGAUCGGAGGACCAGGCGGAGGAGCUUUAGUGGAAGCUGGCGACGGUGCGUACUUGUACGGGCAAGCGCUUGCCGGCUCCUGUGGUAUUCUUGGACUCUUCUGCUUUGGAACCGCUGCAAUCAUGCACAAGAGGAAAGCCAAGCAAGUUGAUGUUGCCUAG